CACACAACAAGUACAAGAACGCCGCUGCGCCGCCGAUCAGAUCAGACCGGAUUAGACUGCGACAUACAUCAUGGCUUUCGGCAACGACGUCCCGUACGUCAGUACUACGGAAGAAAUUCCUUCCAGUUGUUGGACUAAAACAAAGAAAAUAUUUGCACCUCUGUAUACACUUUCGUUCCUGAAGGUUUUCCUGGGGGGUCAGGUCCUGUCCCUGCUCAUCUGUGGCACAGGGGUCACGAGCCAGAUCCUGAACGACACCCACGGAAUCAAUGCCCCGACGACCCAGAGCUUCGCCAACUACCUCCUCCUGGCGCUGGUGUACUGCACCCUCCUGUGCCUGCGCAAGAGCAGGGAGAAGAAUUUUUACCACAUCUUCACCAAGCGAUGGUGGAAGUACAUCCUGGUGGCGCUCGUCGACGUGGAGGCAAACUAUCUGGUGGUGAAGGCGUAUCAGUAUACGACUCUCACAAGUGUACAGCUAUUGGAUUGCAUCACCAUCCCAGUGGUGAUCUUGCUCUCUUUCCUCAUCCUGCGCACUCGGUAUCGCAUCAUUCACAUCGUUGGCGUGGUAACGUGCAUCGCUGGCCUGGGGGCUCUAAUUGGAGCCGAUGUGCUUUCAGGCAGAGCCAGCAGCGGUGAUAGCGCGCCGUCGAACAAGCUCCUGGGAGACAUCUUUUGUUUGCUCGGUGCCAGUCUGUAUGGCGUCUCCAACGUAGCACAGGAGUAUGUGGUCCGCCAGUACACGCGGACAGAGUUCUUGGGCAUGGUGGGACUCUUUGGGACGUUUGUCUCUGGAAUACAGCUGGUAGCCCUGGAGCGCCAAGAACUGGCUUCAUUCUCCUGGAACAUCGAGGCCAUCCUGCUGCUCCUUGGGUUUGCAGCCUGCAUGUUCUGUCUCUACUCCUUCUUCCCUGUGGUCAUCCAGUGGAGUAGCGCCACAGUGGUCAACCUGUCCAUCCUGACCGCCGAUAUGUACACCUUGAUCAUCGGCAUCUUUGUGUUCCAUUUCGCGUUUUCUGGGCUUUACCUGUUUGGCUUUGGCCUUAUCUUCGCCGGGGUCAUCCUCUACUCUCUGAGACCCACCAAGGACUCUCCCGCGGGUCCAAGGUCAUACAGUCUAUUCCACAACAACCAGUCAUCGGAAAACAUUACCCACAUCAGGGUCCAAGACGACGAUGAUGAUGCUGCCGCAGGGACGACAACAACCUUGACCGAUGGUGUGGACAUUGAAGGUGCAACACCAAGGGAUGAUGAUACAGAGCAGUUGCACAAAGAAUUUAGCAAGAGCCUCAAUGGCGAUUCGAACUGAAGGAGUCGGCAAUCUCACGCGUUCGGAGGUUGUCCUUUUUUCUUGUAUUCUUUUUUUUGUAAGUUAUUAUAAUCGUAUGAUACAGCAUCACUGUCUUCAUCCGGGAACAGGAUUGGAUUCAGGAAGGGUGCCAGGAUUGGAUUCAACAAAGUUGCCAUCAAGUUUUUACUGGGUGUCAUUCCCUGUUCCCUUGUCAACUCUAGCCAGAUGGCAGACCAACAACCUGCAACAGCGGUAUGAUCUUCUAAUCAAGCGCCAAAAGGAAAUCGCUUGGAAAUGCUGGUAUGAGGGGGAGUUGUUACAGAAGGAGCAAUAUUUUUAUGUAUAUAAUCUUUCUUUUGUAAAGAUGAUCAUUAUUCUGUGCUUGAUAAUGAGAGAGACUUGAAGGAGGAGGCGCGAUAGCUCAGUCGGUAGAACAGUGGUCUCGUAAUCCGAUGACCCAGGUUCGAAACCAAGGCGAUGCGCUAGUGCCUUUUGGUAAGGCAU